UCCCAAGAUUACCAAAUCUUCCCUUGUGAAAUCCUUAAAUCGCGAUAAUCACAUAAUUAAUUAGUUUCACUUUUCCAUUUCGCUUUUCACCACUCUCUAACCUGUUCAAAUCUCUCAUAGCAUGUCCACCACGUCGACUCCGCGGAAACGUCCUCUCAGCGAUGUGGACGAUUCCGAUCUCCCGACGUUCGACGAUCCACAAGACCUCGUCAAUGCCGUAAUCUCGACGCUUCAAACCCCAGCAGACUCAACCAAUGUCGCAGAAACGUAUGCUAAUGACAAAAACUCGGCUACUGAAGUCCAGGCCUACGCCAAGAUCGCUGGCAAAGACUGGACAUUCUACGUGAAAUCACUAGCGGUUUCUAUCGGUCGUAACACCGACACCCAAAAUCAGACCCAAGCGCAAAACGUCGCCAAUGCUGCUACCGAUAUCGACUUGGGCCCAGCCAAAGUAGUCUCCAGACAACAUGCCACCAUCACAUACAAUCUAGACUUAAGAUGCUGGGAAUUGAAGGUGUUGGGCCGUAAUGGAGCUCGUAUAGACGGACAAAAAGUAGCAGUAGGUCCCGAGCAUGCUCACUCCUUGCAUUCAGGAGCUAUCUUAGAUAUCGGAGGUACCCAGAUGAUGUUUAUAUUGCCUGGUUCUCCUCCUACGAUUCUGCCCAAGUUGUUGACUAAGAGUUUGUUGAAGUAUAAAGAAACGGCCUCCAAAUCCCGCAAGCUGUCUUUUGGACAUAAUAUCGGAACGUCACACAUGAAGAGUUUCCAGAUGUUUGACAAGGCUCUGUUACCUCAGUCUCCUUCUUCUCUUUCGGCCACUUCUCUACAGAGUAACUUGGAUCAGGACUUGUCGAAAGAGGAAGCCAAAGACAUCAAGCCUCCGUAUUCGUAUGCGACAAUGAUCACCCAGGCUAUCUUGUCGAACGUGGAUGGCGUGAUGUCAUUGUCAGAAAUAUAUAACUGGAUCUCGUCCCAUUAUGCAUACUACAAAUACUCUAAGACAGGCUGGCAGAACUCGAUCAGACACAACUUGUCUUUGAACAAGGCGUUUGAAAAGGUUCCCAGAAGACCAAAUGAGCCUGGAAAGGGUAUGAAAUGGCAGAUUAGCGAGUCGUACAAAGACGAUUUCUUAAGUAAAAUCCAGAGUGGCUCGCUUCUGAAGACAAGAAGAGGUUCUUCCGUCUCCAGACAGUUACACCUUCACUUGGCUACACACAAACAGUUACCCGAAUCUCAGAAGUACUAUGACCAAGAACAAAAGGCACUUCAGGAUCUGCAACAGCAUCAUCUACAGCUUCAACCGCUGCAACAGCAGCCUCCAUACGGUCAUCAGAGACAGAGCUCCGUACCUAAAUUGGGUCAGGGUCAAUUUCCGCCGGUUCCAUCCAAUCCUAUUCAGCCUAACCCGUUGUCGUAUAUGGCUAGUGCACCCAAUAACGGGUAUAUGAUACCUCAGCAACGUGCUUAUGGUUACCAGAGCUCAGCACCUCAUAUGGUGUACGGUGGAGCCAUGAUGCAUCAGCAGAAUCAGCAGAGUAUGAUUCCCCAGCAGCAGAUCCAGCAGAUACAGACAUUGCUGACGUUGCCUGCUCCCAAAAGUGAGUUGUCUUCGCCUAUAAGACAGAUGAGCGAUAUCAAUAAUAAUGCUACACCCAAGUUGCCGAAAGUCUCGGGAAGUCACCUUUUUAAUUUACCUCCACCUCCCCAGUCUCAUAAUCUCGGAACAUCGGCUCCUGGAGCUCAUCAUUCGCGUCUGAAUUCGUACAAUUCGAACCAGCUACCAGAUUCGCAACUAAACUCAUACAGCAGUUCCCUUCAGAACCACUCAGAGGAUUCGUCCGUAAACAAUAACCAAAACUCCACAGCACCCAGUAGCGGAGACCUUGGACUUAAUUUUACCAGCCCCAAAAAGAUCGCACCUCUUGAAGCCUUUACACCAGAAAGAGGCUCUAAAUCUAUGGGUGGAAACGGAAAGCUAGGAGCCCCUAAUGGUGCCAAUACUAACCAGUCUUCGCCAGCGUUCUGGAACUUUGUUCAGUUCAGCACCCCAAAUGGACAAACUCCAAUGAGAAAGAAUAGUGACGAAAACAGUCAGGGCAGUCCUACGUUGAGCAGAAAGAUCCUUUCAGCAAACAACAAUAACAGCAAUGGCUACAACCAUAAAGAUGAAGGUAAAGUAGGAUUAUCUCCGUUCAAGUUGAAAGCAGAUAUUCAGUCUAACGGGCAAGAAGAGUUGACGAAAUCUGAAAAGAAUGUCUGAUAGCUUCGUCGCAAAUGUACCAUAAAUUAAUGUUGUCUUGACUAACGAGCCGUAUUAUUAUCUUCCAUUCUCUUGUUUUCUUCGUUUUCCCAUAUUGGAGUAAUUUUUCAUGCUUUCUGCCAUUCCAUAUGAACCAUUGCAUGGAUUCGAACAGUUUGAUGACUGUUCUCUGUAUAUUUCAUAAUCUCAUCUUUCAUUUUCAAGUCAGUGAAUCUGGUCUGAACAUUUGCACCCAACCUAGCGGUCUUUCGAUCAACUGCAGAUAGCUCUCUGCUUGCAAGUAUAUUUAAAUCAUGCGCUCUGUACUUUAUAUACUACAUAGCACCGUACAAUUGUGAACAUAAAUGCAAAUGAAUAUUAAUGGCAAUAUAU